GAAGAGCCCAGAUCGCCAGCUAAAAAUUAGGCCUACGAAAAGAGUUGUGAAUAGAAUGUAAACUCUAAAUACCUUGCCAUGACGGCCACACAAAAUCCUGUUCCUAGUGUGCCUGAGGAAAACGUCAAAACUCUAGACAUGAGAAGAACGCCCAUCAUUCAUCCAUCUUCUGAUGCUCCUUUAUGUAAAAGCUGCCAUCAGUUGGAUCUUCCAUUUUUUGAUCCCAGCUGUCCUGGAUGCAUGGAAAUUUUACAAAGCUCUGAAACAACAAUUCCUCAAAUUUUCGCUAUCAUUAGACAAUGGAUGCCUCAGACACAGCAGAACAUUGAACUGAUUGUAAAUGAAGUGUUAAAGCGUGGUGCUAAUGUAAAUGAUAGAGAUGGUCUAACAGAUAUGACUUUACUUCAUUAUGCCUGCAAAGCUGGUGCUAAUGGUGUUGGAAAUGUAACCACUGCUACAAGAACUGUUGGAAUUUUACUAGACAAAGGAGCGGAUUUGCAUCUUAGGUGUAGAUGGACGGAUAUGGCUGCUAUACAUUAUGCUGCAUAUUUCGAUGUUGCCCCAGUAGUAGAGUUACUGUUGGGAGCUAGCAAAGGUUUAGAUAUUGAUAGCCCUUGCCGGGAAUUUGAUGGCGGAUCUCCUUUACACAUUGCUGCUACAAACUUAUGCACUGAAGCUGCUAAAGUUUUAUUAGAAAAUCAAGCAGAUGUAACUCUGAAAGACUAUGUUGGAAGAACACCUUUAGAGUGCAUACCAGAUUUUCCUUCAUCACAACAUACCCCUGACCUCAGUGAAGUUAUAAGUAGCUUAAGACAACUUCUGGAAUCUGCUAUGCCAAAGCAUUUAGUACAGGAACAGCCCCAUUAUGGCAGUAUUGGUGGGAAGGCAGUUCUGAAGUCUAUAGGAGUUCAAAUUGGUGAUAAAGUUUUUGUCGGUGGAGCAAAAGUUGGUAUAUUGAGAUAUUGUGGUGCUACUCAAUUUGCUCAAGGAAUAUGGGCAGGUGUAGAACUUGAAGAAGCUCUUGGGAAGAAUGAUGGAACCUUAAAAGGAAUUUCAUAUUUUAAAUGUCCUAAGAAUCAUGGUAUUUUUGCUCCAAUUAAUAAAAUAUCCAAAUAUGAUCAAUCAUAUGAGUCACGAAUGAAAUCACCACAUAUCUCUAGAAAUUCGCCUCCCAGAAACAUAUCAUAUUCUAAGAUAAAUGUUUCUCAUGUUACUUCUAAAGUAGAAACAGGUCUGUCAAGCCUAAGGCGGCAAAAUUCUCAGGAAUACGUUGCUGGUGAUAGAAUCUUAGUAUCUGGUCAUCGUAAAGGGACUAUUCGUUUUGCAGGAGAAACCGAGUUUGCAUCAGGAUUUUGGUACGGUAUAGAGUUGGAUAAACCUCAGGGCAAGAAUGAUGGCUCUAUAAAUGGCGUUCAAUACUUCUCAUGCACACCUGGUUAUGGUUUAUUUGCUCCUGCUCACCGUAUAUGCAGAUUGUUCAAAAAUUCUGAAGAUGAAUCUUCUGACCAUGACUCUGCUGAUUUGAGUCUUAGUAAGAGCUCUACUGAUGGUGAAAAUGGAAUCCUUAGCCCUAGUUCUCCUCGAUCUCUGUCAAAGAGCCGCCAUACGAUAAGGAAAAGUGCAAGAUUUAUCAACCAAACUGCAAGUCCUACUAAUUCAAAAAGGAAUUGUUGGUUAACCCUUGGCAUCAAUGUAUUUGUGAACAAUGAAAUAGGAGCUGUUCGUUACAUUGGUCCUGUAGAUUUUGCAGAUGGAGUCUGGCUGGGUAUUGAACUUAGAACACCCAAAGGCAAAAAUGACGGAACUGUUCAAGGGAAAAAUUAUUUUACAUGUAGACCUGGGUAUGGACUGUUGGUUAGGCCAAAUAGAGUUACUGUUAGAGGUAUUAAUGGUGCUAAAUUAUUAGAGGAGUCUUCAUCUUGA